AUGAUCGCACAAGAUAAGAUAAUAGCGGGAGAAGCUUAUGUCAGUAGCACCUCUGGAAAGGCUGUAUUGGCUAAAGGAAUGAAACGUCGUUGUGGUAGUGAAAAAUGCAAGAGUAAAGUGUGCAGCAUUAGUGAUGUGCAAAGGCAGAAAAUAUUUAACGCUGUUUAUGGUAUAAAGGGCUUACAGCAACAAAGGGAGUUUAUUGUACGACACGUACAGUUCAAAGCUAUCAAGCGGAAAAGGACAGACAAAGAAGUUUCACGUAGUUCGGAGACAUUUGAAUACCACCUCCCUAGAAGUGACGGAAUGUCCGUAGUUUGUAAAACAAUGUUUUUAAACACGUUGGGAAUUUCAGAAAAGACAAUGCUCACGGCUUUAUCUAAGAGAACAGAAGAAGAGAUAGUAGAGCCCGACAGACGAGGAGGGCGACAUGAAAUGUUGAACAAACGAUGCAAAAAUGAGAGCUUCAGCAUUAGAACACAUUCAGAAAUUUCCUAG